AUGACACAUAUCGUGUUUGUUUUUAAGGAGUCAGUUUAUCAACUUCGAAUGAGGCUUGGUAUCAAUAAGGAGAGUGAUAUAGCCAAUCACAGUGAGGCAGCGGAUUUUAAAGCUCACAGGAUCAAACAAACUGUUGGCGUAACAGUUGAUUGUAAAAUGCAACGAAGUGAACAACAACUACAAAUGGAGGAAGAAUCACUUCAAAAAACGAAUCGGUAUAACUGUUUGAAACCAUGUCUUACGACCAGACGCUCACAUUCAACUGUACAGAAUGAUAUUCCAUUUAAAAAGCCGACACCAGCAAAAGUUUUGAUGACAGAAGGAAGUUUACGAGGCAAUCCGCAAAUGUACGCGAUUCAAGGUCGAAGACGUUCUACAAAACGAGAAGGGCGCGAUUAUCCUCCGUCUGAUCCACCGCCCCAAUUGAAUGUAGCAUCAAUGGAUGGACAAACUUCAACAACGCCUUCAAUGACGCCAUUAUUCAGACUUUAUGGACAAAGUUCUUUGAAACAGGCAUCCUUGUCAUUAGAAGAUAUCACCAAUGAAGAAACAUUGAAUGGUGUAAAUAAUGAAAUAACUGUCGAGCGUGUCGAGGAAGUGUGUGAUAAGGCAAACGAUAGAAAAGAUGGCGUCGUUAGUGGAUAUGAAGAUGAUUCAUCGAUACUACAGUCCUCCUCCAUACAACAGAACCAGGAUUCGGCUAUAAUUCAUGUGGAAAGGAAUCAACUUGUACAUCAUUUUCAAAAUUGGCCGCUCUAUUGGGAUAGACCAAUUGACUUCCAGGAAGCAUGUGAAAUUUUGACACAACAGAUGUCAAUGGAUGUAUCGAAGAUUUGCGAUUCUGUUCCUCAAAACUAUCGCGGAGAAGGCACAUUCGUAAUUGAUUUGCGAGGUUUCGCGAAUCGUCACGAUGUUUCGUUGGAUGGAUUAGGCGUGUGGGGGAAGCCGACAGGUCGAACUCGUUAUUUUGGAUUAAGUGAAACCGGCAAAACAUUCAGAAUUGAUGAUGGAAGAGGUAAAAUCCCUUAUGGUACUGUCUACGAAUACAAGUGCAUAUCAAAGCGUUAUGAGCAUCCUCGAACGCUGAACUGUAAUUCGAAAUUCGUUAAAAGGAUUUUCACCGCUGUUCAUCAUCCGAGUCGUGAAACGGCUGUUGCUCUAGCAAUCGUUUGCUAUGAAUGGAUCGGUGAACCGGUCAAUUUUCAAGUCAGUGCUGAUGAGUUGAAUUUGCCAUCAAGGCGUAUUUUAACGGCACCACCGUUGGAUGGCUCGCGAAAUUGGGAAACGGCAUCAUUCAAUCGGUCGAACUUUGAUCCAAAUGAGGCGUGUAACGCUUUUUAUGGUCUUUGUCCAUUGUAUGCGGUUGGCGCUAUUGAUUUUGGUACUGCUGCGUGCAUCAUACUUGGAGGAACCCGAAUUGAUAUUUCAAGGAUUUGUUGUCGUGUGCCUCAAGGAUACCGAAUGUCAGGAACGUUUGUUAUUGACGUUCGUAAUUUUGUGACGGAUGCUGAACUGAGACGUGAUGGUAAUGGUGCGUGGGGUAAACCAGCUGGUCAUUCACGGUACUACAAACUUGACAGCGUUACCGGAGAAGCGAUAAGGGUCGAUCGAGGACAUAAAUUACUCGAAGGCAGUGAAUAUGAUGUGCAAAUUUUAUUGAAACGUUACGAACAUCUGGCAGUUAAUGGUCGUUUCGUUCGCAAAAUAUACACAGGUCGUAGUAAAAGUGAUGGACAUACAGUGCAGUGCUCUAAUCUAGCCAUCAUUACGUAUUAUUGGAAGGGAGAGCCGGAAGCUUUCAUUGCAACUCCACAACGGAAGGUUCGUAUUGGUCAACAAGCAUACAGUCAACAACGAUAUCGUUAUGAGAUACCAACAGUUUGUGAUGAUAACAGUGCGUUAGUGUACACUAGUGAAAGAGAUGAAAGCAGUUGUGAAGCUUGUACUGAUGAGCAACGGCCAUCUACCUCUGCUGCGUGGACUGCUGCAGCAACAAAUCGUUCGCUUCGUUUUGUUGCAGGACCACAGCCAGCUCGUGUGACACGGCCUCGUUGCAAUGCCAACAAUAACAAUAUUGAUUACAGUAAUACCAUUUCUAGCAGUAAUAGUAAUCAAAGUCAAGCAUCGUCUCGUAAUAAUCGACCAAACAUUCAUUUGUUGAACGCAGGUGGUAAUGAUUCUUUGAAAACGGUUAUACAUCGCAAAGAAUAUGAGAAUCAGGAAAGGUUCAGCGCAUUGUUGGAUAGAGUUGAAUCAUUUUUGGAUCGUUUGGAACGUGCUGGUGAUGGUUUCAUUGAUCAAAUAUGGAUGGCAAAUGCACACAUAAAUGGUGAGCAACAAGAAGUUCUGUUGACUGAUGAUGCAUUAAUCAGUACCAAUGUUAAUUCAACUUCUUAUACGGUCAAUGAUAAUUACAUGAGUACCGUUGUUUCCGAUCAAAGCGUAUAA